AUGAAAAGACUUCAUAGUCAACUAGAUAGUAAUAGUAAUAAUAUUAUGUCUCAAUUAACUAUUUGUACACACAGUGGAUCAUUCCACGCCGAUGAAGCAUUAGCUUGUUUCCUUUUAAAACUUACCGAUCAAUUCAAAGAUGCUAAGAUUAUUAGAUCAAGAGAUACUGAAGUUGUAAAGGCUGCUGAUGUAGCUGUAGAUGUAGGUGCUGAAUACAAUCAAAGUAAACAUAGAUAUGAUCAUCAUCAAGCUGGUUUCACUGAAAUCUUUGGUGAUGGUUUCAAGACUAAAUUAAGUAGUGCUGGUUUAAUUUACAAACAUUUUGGUAAAGAAAUUAUCAAGAAUAGAUUACAACUUGAUGAAAGAAAGGUAAACCUUAUUUAUAAAAAGGUUUAUGCCAAUGCAAUUGAAGAGUUGGAUGGUAUGGACAAUGGAAUUGAAAGAUAUCCAAUUGAUGUCAAACCAUUGUAUGCAGUUACAUCGACUAUUGGUAACAGAGUUGCUAGUCUCAAUCCAAGUUGGAAUGAACCACAAGACGAUGACAUUUUGUUCAAGCAAUUUGAAAAGGCAAUGACAAUGAUGGGUGAAUACUUUUUGGACAAGGUCGACUAUUAUGGUAAGAGUUGGGUUCCAGCCUACGACAUUGUAGAGACUGCCGUUAAAAAUAGAUCAUCGGUUCACUCGUCGGGUGAAAUCAUCAUUCUCGAUCAAUACUGUCCAUGGAAAGACCAUCUCUACCACGUUGAAGAUGUUCUAUCCAUUCAAACCAAAAUCAAAUUUGUCUUGUACCAAGAUACUCUUGGUUCAUGGCGUAUUCAAGCUGUCAAUCUCGACUCUCAUUCAUUUGCUCUUCGUAAGGCUCUUUUGGAAGCAUGGCGUGGAAAACGUGAUCAAGAAUUAAGUGAUAUCAUUGAUGCAAAUGGAUUUAUUGGUGGACAUAAAACGAAAGAAGGUGCUUUAACCAUGGCAAUCAAAUCAUUAUAA